CUGCCCCUCCCAGCCCUGUCAGUCACUGCCAGAAUCAAAUUUUGGAAGGCACUUGUACGUUGAAGGCGAGACACGGUUGUUUUGAUAUCUCCUUGUUCCAGUAGGACUUACAGGUCUGAGAGAUGUUUCUUCCCCCAGACGACAGCAGGAUGUUGUGAUCCUGUUUCCUAAUACCUUCCAUAUCUUCUCUCCUUUUUUUUUUUUUCCCUCUCCACCACCCAAAAGUCACUUUCAAACAGAUAAUGUUUGAAAGAUGAUAUGUGUGUAUACUCCUACCAAGUAAUAAAUGAGAUUAUUUUAGAUGACAAGACAAAAAGAGUGCAAAUAUUUAUCUUUUAAGGACUCAGUAGAGUGAGAAUAUAGGCUGGAAAUACUUUGCGAUACACUAAGAUAGGUGAGAAGUCUCUCUAUCCACCUUUUUUUUAUCUUUCCUCUACCAGAAAAGUGGAGUAGGAUUUUUGUAAGAAAAGCAUGUCUGAGACCUGUGAAAUUCAAAAACCAUAUUGAAACAAUUAAGCCAUCAUUUUUAAUAUUUCACUAGAAAUCCCUUCACUAGAAGUCCCUUCUAUCCCCACUGGCUGAGAACUCUUGAAAAUUUAGGUAAUCCCUCCUUAGUUUUGCUGCUUUUGAAUGAUUUUGGGACAACAGUAUGCUUCUGUGAGACAAUUUGAACCUAAAGUAUGAGCUUUGAUACUUAAUUUUCAAUAUCCAUCUCAUUACUGUCUAACCUUGCAUAACACUGCAAAGUUGUGUGCAGUUUUUUUGUGGUAAAUUGUCAGAUACAGGUAGUGUAGAACACGUUUGUAACUGACAUUUGUAACUUACACAGUGUAUAAGAAAGUUACGAUUUCUUUGACUUCAGUAAUUGUAUCUAAGCUUCUUAUUUAUACCUAAUUUGAAGUUCUUGUAGAUUAAUCCCAGAGAUACAGACAAUUUUCCUCUCUUUGUAGGUGAAGUUGUUUUAUUUUUGAGGAACAAGACAUGCUGAAGUAACUGUAGGGUAACCUUUCUUGGAAAUAAAAGCUGUUUUAAGUGUUUGAGGUUGAUCAUGGCAUGUGAUCUGUCCAGAAGCAAAUAUAAAUUUAUACCUCUCUUGCUUUGCUAUGCUUUCUUUCAGGAAAUGCUGGACUCUUAAGUACCAUCACUUUUGUGGCAGUGUUGCUGUACAGUUUUGUCAUGUGUAAUCACUGUGGAAAUGCUUUCAAAAGUAAUACUGAAUUCUGUGGCCAAAUCUCAUGCUUUCGGGAAUAAUGCUGGAACUGGACUGCAGGGAAAACAUUACUUGACUCUGUGACCAACAUGUAAUUUUCUGCACCAGAAAACAAGAAAGAAACAGCGGUUGUUAACAAAUAAGCCAUGCCUGUUUCAGCUGAUGAAACUGUGGGGGACCUGCCUGUGAGAGAUACGGGUCUAACUCCAUCUGGAAUUGAAGGAUUACAAGAAUCAUCAGCCACACAUGUAAAAGCUCUACAAGCCGUACAACAAAUCAUUCGAGAAGAACUGGAGGACAGGUUUCUUCAUAUACAUGAUGACCACAUCUUACUCAAGCAGCAUACAAAUAAGCAAGAGGAGAAAAUUAAAAGAAUGACCACCAAGUUAACACAGCUUGUUAAUGGUAAAAAAAAGUCUGAACAGGUUGGGCGACCUCAAGUGGCCGGGUCAGGCCUGGAGCUGGAAGAGAGAAUUCGGCAUUUGCAGGUUCAUGGGCUUGAGAGACAAAACGAGAGCCUCUGCAGCAAACUGCUUUCAACUGACCAGCAGCUCCAGAUUCAAGGCCAUAGGCCUUGUCCACACAGCUGUGUUCCAUCUUUUGUUAACACUGGUCUCAGAAAAGUGAGUGAGGCUGCUGGCAGGCUGGAGCACGCAGAGGAAGGGAUUAGCAAAGGUGAUGAACUGAAUGUACGUCUUAAAGAGGAGCAGUUAAAAUGCCUCCAUCUUCAGAACGAGUUGCAAUCAGUAACUAUUUCAAAGAGAAGGAACGAACAGCAUGUGGUACAGGAGGUUAAACGAGAAAGGCUAGCAGAUAAGGUGAAGGAGAUGGCUGAAGAAAUUCAACAGGAGAAAGAAGAGCUCUCACAUCUGUCAGAGGAGCAGUUAGCUGACCAAACAUCAAUUACUUCUGGAGACGAGACAAAAAUAACUGAAGAAUUGGAACCAGAAGAUCAAGAUGGUAGACAAGAUGAGGAUGCUGUUGAAUCAAUAAAAACUGACAGCAAUGAUGGUAUUAUUUCAAGUCCAGAUCCACGAAUAUUAAACAGCUGAGUCAGUGAUCAUGGCAAUUAUUUGGAAGUUGAAAAGAUCUGGAUUAAAAUUACAUCACUUGGUUAUACUGAGUUAGGAAUUACUUCAGAUGAAACAAUCCAGCAGCUGUGUGUUGAAUGCAGAUGAAAUUAUUUCCUUGCAGAGGACACCCCACUGUCACUUCCCAAGGCAACAGGUGGUCAGAGGAGUCGCUGUAAGUGUAGCACUGUGAUAUAUGUGGCUAAGGCAGAUAAUUGUGCAGAAAAAGAGUAUCUCAAGUCUGUUCUCCUAAAGCCAGAUCUACACACUGACAGUCUGAAAUUUACAGUGUUAAGUGAUCCCCCAGAAGAUGAACAGGAUCUUGAGUGUGAAUAUAUCAGGUUUACUCUGGUCAGUUUGAAAGAGAUGUUCCAGAAGCAAAGAAAUAUUAUUGAACAAGACAUUGAUGAUGAUGGUGCAGUAACUGGGGAGCUCGAAGUAGCCGUGGAGGCCCCUCCACGCGCCGCGUUCAGCCUGUGA